UGUGAGCUGACAAAUGCUCUGGCUCCGGUGGUGACAGGUUGUCCAGCUUCUAACAGCCAUCUUCACUGAAACUAAGGUUAACUCCUCACUCUAUGGACGGCUACUCUCCAUUUCCAAGGGCGUGAAGAAUUUCCUUUUUCUCCUGUGCUUUCAUCUAAAAGUUCUCCUUGGAUAAUUACCAUCACGGUGGAGUGCUUGGUUUGGACAUCCUCAUCUGGGUCAACUAAAAAGAGAAAGCAUGCAAGACGACAGCCUAGAAGCUUCUACUUCCAUAUCUCAGCUUCUAAGAGAGAGCUAUUUAGCUGAAACUAGACAUCAGGGAAACAAUGAGAGGAGUCGAGCAGAGGCUUCCUCCAACUCUUUCCAUUUUGGCAGUCCUUCUGGAGCUGCUGAAGGUGGAGGAGGCCAAGAUGACCUUCCGGAUCUUUCAGCCUUUCUGAGCCAAGAAGAAUUAGAUGAAAGUGUCAAUCUGGCAAGACUGGCAAUCAAUCAUGACCCUUUGGAGAAAGCAGAUGAAGCCCAAGCUAGAAGAUGUUUUUCUUCUGAUCAGAUGAAACACUCACCUAAAUCAAGUUUUGACCCUAACUUCUGCCAGGAUAACUCUCGAAGUCCUACCAACUCUAAAGAGAGCCUUCAGGAGGCAAAAAGGCCACAGUAUAGUUCUGAAACCCAGUCCAAAAAAGUAUUCUUAAAUAAGGCUGCCGAUUUCAUUGAAGAGCUGUCAUCCCUUUUCAAAGCCCAUAGCUCCAAAAGGAUUAGACCUCGUGCCUGCAAAAACCACAAGAAUAAAUUGGAAUCUCAAAGCAAAGUUAUGCAGGAAAACAGCUCCAGUUUCUCAGAUCUAUCAGAAAGAAGAGAAAGAUCUUCUGUUCCCAUCCCUAUCCCUGCAGAUACCAGGGAUAAUGAAGUGAACCAUGCCCUUGAGCAGCAGGAAGCCAAGAGGCGCGAAGCUGAGCAGGCUGCCAGUGAGGCAGAUGGGGGAGACACCACCCCAGGGUCUUCUCCUUCUUCUUUGUACUAUGAAGAACCUCUGGGGCAACCUCCCCGGUUCACUCAAAAGUUACGGAGCAGAGAAGUUCCAGAAGGAACCAGAGUACAGUUGGAUUGCAUAGUGGUAGGAAUUCCACCACCUGAAGUAAGGUGGUACUGUGAAGGCAAGGAGCUUGAAAAUUCCCCAGACAUUCACAUCAUCCAGGCAGGAAAUCUGCACUCACUGACCAUUGCUGAAGCCUUUGAAGAGGACACAGGACGCUAUUCCUGCUUUGCUUCUAACAUCUAUGGGACAGAUUCAACUUCUGCUGAGAUUUACAUAGAAGGCCAAGAGCAAGAGGAUUUAUGGACACCACAGAAUGUCUGCAAAGGCUGCUCUGUUAGUCUAAAGGCAUCAGCAGGGGUUUCUUCUUCUGACUCAGAAGGGGACCCUAACAAGGACGAAAUGAAUCGAAUCCAGAAGCCAAAUGAGGUGUCAUCCCCUCCCGCUACUUCUGCAGCCAUUCCUUCAGCAGUACCCCAAGCCCAGCAUGUGGUGGCCCAGCCAAGUGUGUCAACCCUUCAGCAGUGUCAGAGCCCUACCAACUAUCUGCAAGGAUUGGAUGGAAAACCUAUCAUUGCAGCUCCUGUGUUUACAAAGAUGUUACAAAAUUUAUCAGCCUCUGAGGGUCAGCUAGUUGUCUUUGAAUGCAGAGUAAAAGGAGCUCCAUCUCCUAAAGUUGAGUGGUAUAGAGAAGGGACCUUGAUAGAAGAUUCUCCAGAUUUUAGAAUUUUACAGAAAAAACCUCGAUCCAUGGCAGAGCCAGAGGAGAUCUGUACUUUGGUCAUUGCUGAGGUAUUUGCGGAAGACUCUGGGUGCUUCACCUGUACUGCAAGCAAUAAAUACGGCACAGUGUCAAGCAUUGCACAGCUAGAUGUAAGAGGAAAUGAAGACCCCAGAAACAAUGGGUCUCUUCACUCAGCCAACUCUACCACCAACAUGGCUGUUAUUGAGCAACAGCCAUCCCCACCCAACCCAGAGCCUCCUUCUGUGGAACAACUCCCUAAACCCAAACUGGAAGGCGUUCUGGUGAAUCACAACGAGCCCCGGUCCAGCUCAAGGAUCGGGCUCCGUGUCCACUUCAACCUGCCUGAAGAUGACAAAGGAAGUGAAGCAUCCUCUGAGGGUGGCAUGGUGACCACCAACCAGACCAGGCCUGAUUCCUUCCAGGAGAGAUUCAAUGGACAGUCAGCAAAAAUCCCUGAGCCUUCCUCGCCCGUCAAAGAGCCCCCUCCAGUUCUGGCCAAACCCAAACUAGAUUCCAGCCAGCUACAACAGCUUCACAACCAAGUCUUACUGGAACAACAGCAGUUGCAAAACCCAUCUCCUUCAUCUCCUAAGGAGUUUCCUUUCAACAUGAGUGUUUUGACCUCCACUGCUGCCCCAGCGGUGACAAUGUCCAGCAAGCAGGUGAAGGCCCCUUCAUCACAGACAUUCAGCUUGGCCCGGCCAAAGCACUUCUUCCCCUCCACAAGCACAACCGCAGCAACCGUGUCCCCUUCCAGCUCUCCAGUGUUCACCCUGAUCAGCACUCCUCAAGCCAUGCAGAGGACAGUGAGCAAAGAAAGCCUCUUAGUUUCUCAGCCCUCGGUGCAAACCAAAUCUCUGGGAGGGGUUUCUGUCCAAAACGAGCUACCUCCUCCAGGUCCGGCAGAGCCAGCACAACUGCCACUCACAUUUUCCAUCUCCAGCGGAAACCAGUUUCAGCCCCACUGCGUGUCCCCAACUCCUGUCUCUCCCACCAGCCGGAUUCAGAACCCAGUGGCUUUCCUCAGCUCCGUCCUGCCUUCCCUCCCUGCCAUCCCACCCACCAAUGCCAUGGGGCUGCCUAGAAGCGCACCAUCCGUGCCAUCCCAGGGACUAAUGAAGAAACAUAUAAAGUCUUCCCACCCAGUGAAUGAUGAUUAUAUUCGUGAAACUAAGAAUGCAGUGAUUCUAGACUUGGGGAGAAAAAUGAAUUUUAGUGAUGUCAGAUCAAACCAGCAGGAGUAUAAAAUUUCAAGCUUUGAGCAGAGGCUGAUGAAUGAAAUAGAGUUUCGCUUGGAACGCACCCCUGUUGAUGAAUCAGAUGAUGAAAUCCAACAUGAUGAGAUCCCCACGGGCAAGUGUAUUGCUCCCAUCUUUGACAAAAGACUCAAGCACUUCCGGGUCACCGAAGGCUCUCCAGUGACAUUCACCUGCAAAAUUGUUGGGAUACCUGUCCCAAAGGUUUACUGGUUCAAAGAUGGGAAGCAGAUUUCAAAAAGAAAUGAGCACUUCAAAAUGAGGCGAGAAGGAGAUGGGACGUGUUCUCUGCACAUUGACUCCACCACCGGCGAUGACGACGGCAACUACACCAUCAUGGCGGCCAACCCCCAGGGGAGAAUCAGCUGUUCUGGCCACUUGAUGGUACAAGGUUUGCCCAUUCGAAGUCGACUAACAGCUGCUGGUCAGUCUCACAGAGUAAGGUCCCGAGCGCAAGAAAGAGACAAAGAGCCCCUACAGGAACGAUUCUUCCGACCACAUUUCCUGCAGGCUCCUGGGGAUAUGGUAGCUCACGAGGGGCGCCUCUGUCGCCUGGACUGUAAGGUGAGUGGCUUACCGCCUCCGGAGCUGACGUGGCUGCUCAAUGGCCAGCCUGUGCUCCCCGACACCUCCCACAAGAUGCUCGUCAGGGAGACUGGAGUCCACUCUUUGCUCAUUGACCCACUCACUCAACGUGACGCAGGGACCUACACCUGUGUUGCUACCAACAAAACCGGGCAGAAUUCCUUUAGUCUGGACCUCACUGUAGUAGCCAAAGAAGUGAAGAAAGCGCCUGUAAUCCUGGAGAAACUGCAGAACAGCGGUGUUCCCGAAGGCCACCCAGUGAGACUGGAGUGCCGGGUGAUAGGCAUGCCUCCACCUGUGUUCUACUGGAAGAAAGACAAUGAGACCAUCCCCUUCACCAGAGAGAGGAUCAGCAUGCACCAGGACACAACUGGGUAUGUCUGCCUCCUCAUUCAGCCAGCCAAGAAAUCAGACGCUGGAUGGUACACAUUGUCAGCCAAGAAUGAAGCUGGCAUCGUGUCAUGCACUGCCAGGUUGGAUAUAUACGCCCAGUGGCACCACCAGAUCCCACCACCCAUGUCUGUCCGGCCCAGUGGCAGUCGCUACGGAUCUCUCACCAGUAAAGGACUUGACAUUUUCUCUGCUUUCUCCUCCAUGGAAAGCACAAUGGUGUAUUCAUGCUCUUCUCGGAGUGUAGUGGAGAGUGAUGAACUUUAAGAAUGUCUGGGUGCCUGCUGUGUAAGGGGGUGGACUGUGGAAGGGGAAGGAAGACCAGCCAGAUAAGAUGGUUUCCAAGCAACUGGAUUUGAGUAAGUCCCCACACUGCCCGACCUGUCGCAAGGAGCGCUUUGAGUAAGUCAGCUGGGGACUCGUGCAGUCUCAGCUCAGGGAGAGAUGGAGGGCUGUGCCUUUUAAGAUUCCAACAAAAUGAGAAGACAAUACAGACAAGCCAAAGAUGUCAUGCAGCUGCCAUCCACUGCUUUGGGAAAAAGCUAGCAUGCUUCCCUGCCCCCUGCUGCGUUGGGGUAUUCAGGCCCUCUUAGGAGCAAUUAGGGGCCAGAUGCUUGGGCUGAGAGGAGUUGGACAGUAGUGACCUUAGGAAUCACUAACUCACUAAACAAUGCAAAGGAAAAAGGCAGGGGGGGGUCUCCACCACCUUUCGUUGAUUGCAUCCAUAGCAGUAGUUUUGGUGGAUUCAUUAAAUCAGCUUCUACUUAGCACUAGGAGUCUGUGCCAUACAACUCACAUACCUGGAGAAGCACUUUUGAUUUGCUUACCCUGGGUGUACCCAGCCACAUAAUAGAGUGCUAAAAUGUGAUUGAGAUACCAAAAAAAAAUCACUGCAACACUAAAUAUUGCACAGUGCACUUAUUCUAUAGCCAAAACAGGGACCCACCACCCUGCCUGCACCAUUUUCUUUUGGAUACAAUGGUGAGUGGUUUUUCUUUCUGACUACAUAUAUAUAUAUAUAUAUAUCUUGGUGAACUUGGAAAUUCUAAUAUUCCCUUUUAUAUAUAUAUAUAUAUAUCCCUAGGCUCUAGAACUAAAGGGUUGUUAAUAAACCAACCAGAAGGAAAUCUUCUGUGGGGUCACUUUUAAAACUACAAGCUUCAGUUGCCACUUGCAAAAAUAUUCAGGCAUCAUCAUCAUCUGCCCAAAGAAUAUUGACUCUCCCGCUUCUCCCCUUUUUCCCCAAAAGUCUGCAAGUAUAUGAAGCAGUGAGAAAGGAAGAAAUGCAAACUAGAAGAGGAAGUGAUGGGAGAGUGGUUUUUGUUUUUUCAUUUGCCAGAGCAAAGCAGUGGCUGUAGAAGGAGAGGUUUUUAAUAGUUGUGAACUGCUUUGAGAUCAUUAGUCAAAUUGCAUUUUCUAUACAGAAAAUAUUAUGCUAACUGAGCAAGUGGGAGGGACAGGGAAUGUGCAUCUUUUUUCUAACCCACUAAUUCAAAACCUGCCUCUCCACCUAAAGAAUUUUUAGACUUAGGUUCACUGUGAUAUCCCAGUGCCUAGAAGAGUGCUUAGCACAAAGUAGACAUUCGAUAACUAUUUGUUGGAUGAAUGAAUCUUAUAUUAGAGAAAUCUACAAUGUAUGCACCAGUCAAAAAAUUGCCCUAGGGAUGGCCAUCACGGCACAGUUUGCUCCAGAUUCACCAGGGAAAUGAAUUGGAGUGUCUAUUACCAACUCCUUGUGCCCAAGUCCUUGGUGUUCUCUGAGUCAGACAUCCUCAGCUGGCAUCUUACUCAAGUGAACAAAUAGUAAUUGCUUAGAAAGGCUUGACAUUUUCUUCACUUCAAGGCAAGGAUUUCCAGCAUAAAAAUAAAUUCAUUCACUCAAAAAAUCAUUUGUGUGUCCACUCUGUAUAAGACGCUAUGCUAGAGACUAUGGGCCAUACACAAAUAUAAUAAGACACAGUCCCUGCCUGCAGAAAGCUUAGAAUCUAGUGGGGGAGGUAAGAAAAAAGGCAUGUCAAGUGCUGCUUCUUUGGGCAAAAGUCUAUUUUUUAUUAAAGGGAAGUUUCUAGUACUCUUCAUCCUAUAUUUUUCAUGACUCGAAAAUCAUCUUAGGGCUUCCGUGGUGGCGCAGUGGUUGAGAGUCCGCCUGCCGAUGCAGGGGACACGGGUUCG